AUGCCCGCCGACGCCCCAGCACAGGACACAAUCCGCAUCCUCGUGGCAACGGACAACCAUGUCGGCUAUGAGGAGCGCGAUCCCAUUCGGAAGGAUGACAGCUGGAAGACUUUUGACGAGAUCAUGAACCUGGCCAGGACCCAGGACGUCGACAUGGUCCUUCUCGGCGGCGAUCUCUUCCACGACAACAAACCCUCCCGCAAGUCCAUGUACCAGGUCAUGCGCUCCCUGCGAAAGAACUGCCUCGGCAUGAAACCCUGCGAGCUCGAGUUCCUCUCCGACGCACACGAGGUCUUUGAGGGUGCCUUCCCACACGUCAACUACGAGGAUCCCGAUAUGAACAUCUCCAUACCUGUCUUCUCCAUCCACGGGAACCACGACGACCCCAGCGGCGACGGCCAUUUCUGUUCCCUGGACCUGCUGCAGGUUGCUGGCCUGGUCAACUACUUUGGCAGGGUCCCCGAGGUAGACAAUAUCCAGGUCAAGCCCGUGCUGUUGCAGAAGGGGAGGACCAAGCUUGCCCUAUACGGCCUGAGCAACGUGCGGGAUGAGCGCCUGUUCCGCACGUUUCGGGACCACCAUGUCUCGUUCUUCCGACCAACACAGCAGGCCUCCGACUUCUUCAACCUCUUGACUGUCCACCAGAACCACCAUGCACACACCGCCACGUCAUACCUGCCCGAGAACGUGCUGCCCGACUGGAUGCAACUCGUCGUCUGGGGCCACGAGCACGAGUGUGACCUCCAACGUAAGCCGAACCCCGAGACUGGCUUUGAUGUCAUCCAGCCUGGCUCGUCCGUUGCGACCUCCCUGAUCGCCGCGGAAGCUGUCCAGAAGCAGGUCGCGCUUGUCAGCAUCACCGGCCACGAGUUCAAGUGUGAUCCCAUACCUCUGAAAACGGUCCGCCCCUUCGUCACAAAAGAUAUCGUGCUGCAGCAGAUACCAGAAUUUAAGAAGCUGCAGAGUGUCAAGAACAACCGUGAGAAAGUCACAAAGCUUCUCAUUCAGGAGGUCGACAAGAUGAUCGACCAGGCGAACCAGGACUGGCUUGCGCUGCAGGAUGAGCCCGAGGAAGAGAUUCCAGAGGAGGAACGGCCGCUCCCCCUGAUACGCCUCAAGGUGGAAUACAGCGCAGAAGAGGGCGGCAACUUCGACGUGGAGAACCCCCAGCGAUUCUCAAACCGCUUCGUGGGUAGGGUCGCCAACACCAACGACGUUGUGGCCUUUUACCGCAAGAAAACUACCGCGAGACGCGAAAAAGACGACCCGUCACUACCUGACCGCAUCAUGGAGGCAAUCGGGAACGACGACGUUGUCAAGCCCGACGUCCUGGUCGAAGAGUUCCUGGCGCAGAGCUCGCUGAAGGUACUGCCCAAGAACGAGUUCAUCACGAGACUUGUGGACUUUGUCGAAAAGGGCGGCCCCCACGUCAUGGAUGAAUUUGUGGACGAGUCCCUGUCCAAGUCACUGAAGGCAAUCGUGAAGCUGAAGGAUGCCGACCCGGAGGCCGACAUCGACACGCUGAUUGACGCCGUCAGGGAACGCGCGGAGCAGAGCUACGCCAAGACUGGCGGAUCUGCUGGGCCCAGGAGACGGAUGAAGGACCGGCCAGAGGACUACGACUCUGAUCUCGGAGCUCACUGGGGCGAUGACCCGUCUCAUUGGUAUGAGACAGCGGCACCAGCCCCAGCAAAGAAGACGACGAGCAGCCGAAAUCGGCACAGCGCUAGUGACGAGGACGUCGAGAUGGACGACUUGUUUGUUUCUCAGGCAGAUCAAGACGACUCGCUGGUAUCGCAGCCUCCCAAGCCGGCUACCAAGCGCGGGGCGGCAGCGAAAAAGGCGCCGGCCAAGAAGGCGCCGGCCACAAGGAAAGCGCCUGCAACACGUGGCCGGCCCAAGAAGAAGACCGGCAUCAUCGUGGACAGCGACGAAGAUGAGGAAGAGGGAGCGGGAGACGCGGAUGCCAUGUCAGUGGACGCGUUCGUGGAUGAGGACGAGGAGGCUGACCCGCCGGCGCCGCCGCCGAAGCGAGCCACGCGCACCACCAAGGCCGCGACGGCGAAGACGACGUCGUCCCGAGCCACGAAAGCUGCACCCGCGGCGAAGACACGGCAGUCGACGCUGAACUUCUCGCAGUCGCAGCGUCCUGCCACACGUGGCGUCGCGCAGAGUCAGAAGGCUCUCGAAGUUAGUGAUGAUGAGAUCGAUGACGAUGACGAUGACGACGACGCUUUCGAGACGAUGGCGCCGACGACAACGAGGAGCAGACGGCGGUAA